GCCGGUCCCGGGUUUUGGUAAGCGUCGCUGUCAGUCUCGCAAUGGCGUUAGUGAACAUAAGACGUGUGUUCGUUUAGUUUCACUUCAACCCGAGCGGACACCGGCCCAAAAUAUUGGCCCGUCUAUCCGUAUUUGAAUUACAGGGAAUCACUUGUAAUUCAUCUUAAACAAAAAGAGACUUACGAGUCAAUACGGACAGUCAAAUUUUGGUACGAUAUCCACUCAGGACGAAUCAUUUCAAGAUCAUGUUCAUCUCAUCAUAGUUCCUUAAUAGUAUUGUGUUUGUGCUAGUGUUUUGUGAACACGAGUGGAACGUGACAGUGUUUGUGUGUUGUGAUGGAUCCCGGAUCACCCUCGUUGUUAUGGCCGUUGCGGCUGAGCAAGCCGGCGGUGACGAUGCCGGUGCCCAGUACAGGAGAGAGCAGUAAAGCUGAAGACCGAGCGCAGUCCCCAGGGCUGCAGGAGCGGCUGUCCGCGGCGCCACCGAGCCCGGCGCCACCCAGUCCCGCACCAACCCAACAUCAAUUCCAAGCAGCUCUCGUUGCUGAGAAGUACCUCCUGCUGGAACAAGUCGAAGGUUCCUCGUUAUGUCGGUGUGUAGACGUGCGUACCCAAGAGGAAUAUGUAUGCAAGGUUGUGUCCCGAGACUGCAGCAGUUUACUACAAGCACAUUACCGUCUCGACGGGCAUCCGCACGUCAAUCCUAUUCACGAAGUCCUAGUCGGCGAUAAGAGGGUGUACCUGAUCUUCCCUCGGUCGCAUUCAGAUCUACAUUCAUACGUUCGGGCGAGGAAAAGGCUAAGAGAGCACGAAGCCCGAAGACUCUUCAGACAAAUGGCCGAAACGGUAGCGGCGUGCCACGAACAGGGCAUCGUAUUAAGAGAUCUCAAAUUAAGGAAGUUCGUCUUCGCAGACCCACAACGGACGACUUUAAAAUUAGAAUCAUUAGAAGACGCGGUCGUCCUCGACGAUCCGGAGGAAGAUUUACUUCAAGAUAAGCGAGGGUGUCCCGCCUACGUGUCGCCCGAGAUCCUCAAAGCGCACAGAACGUAUUCGGGCAAGGCCGCCGAUAUGUGGUCGCUCGGCGUCAUACUCUACACCAUGCUCGUCGGAAGGUAUCCGUUCAACGACUCCGAGCACGCGUCGCUGUUCGCGAAGAUAUCGCGGGGCUUCUUCGUGGUGCCGGAGUGUUUGUCGUCGCGCGGCAAGUGCCUGAUCAGGUCGUUGCUCCGUCGGGAGGCGGGCGAGCGGCUGAGCGCGGCGGCGGUGCUGCGACACCCCUGGCUGGCGCGGGACCCCCGCAACGAGCUGCCGCCGCGCGCCGCCGCCGCGCUCGACCGCCUCGUGCCCGACUGUCUCUAGUGACGCCCCGCCACGCCACGCCACGACCCGCCCCGACAAGCCACGUGAAGAUACAAACGAACGGGCUGUAUUUAUGAAUUAGGGUCAACCAGGGUACUUUUCGUGUUUUCACCUUGACGGGAGAUAUUUAAUUUAUUCGAUGAUUACAAAACAUAAACCUUUUAUUGAACUGUUAACAAUGACCCUGGUCUCCCGCGAUGGAGCGCCAGAGCGGCUGGCCCGCGACUGCUCCUCUCUAUUUAUUAAGUGGAAGCUCGAACGAUGGUUGAGAACCGCCGCGGCUCGCGUCCCCCGGCGGUAGUGCGAAGGGGCCGCCCCCCGUCCACGUGGAGCCCUCUGUCGGCUCCUGCGUCACAUCAUCGCUGGUCUCGCGAGCGCGACGCGAUCCUUACAAUUUCACAUCAAUAUAAAUGGGUAUAUUGCAUUGAAGUUGUCGUUCUAGUAUUAGGUAAAUUACCUAUGUAUAUUUUGUAAUUUAUAUAUAGUUAUGUCGUGUAAUUAUGAUCUCCACCGAUGUUAUUUAGCGAUUAUACUCGAUUGCCAUUAUGUUGUUGCGCGCAGAAGUGAUACUUAGUUCUUUUGUUUUCACAACGUUACAGUUGCUUCCAUCAUCUUAGGUUUAUAUAAUUUUUUUUAAAUUAAAUAUUAAUGUUUUUGGUUUUUUUUCUUAAUUUAUAUAAACGUUGUUGAUUAAUCGGCGAUUCAGCGUUCGAAAUUAUUAUUCUGUUGCAAAUCAUUGUAUACAUUGUAACCUACACAUCACCAGGUACCUAGAAUGGUAACAGUAAGCGGUCAGUGCCAUGUAUUUAAUUAAAUAAAUGGAUAAAUAAAUAAAUAAACUUAAUUUAUUGUUGUUUGAAUAGUGAAGGCGCUAUGGCGGCAUUAGUUAUCUUAAAUCAUUAUCUCUACACGGUACCUAGUGUUGAGUUUUUUUUUUGUGAUUUUUUCAUAUUUUGUUAAUUAUGUUCAUGAUCAGUUACGUUUAUUUCGCAAUCAUUUAACAGAAUCAUACGUUUUUUUUUUUUUUUAUUGUUAACAUCAUUCGUGUUUUUUUAAUCAUUUUACUUUGUUUUUUUUUUUAAUUUACGUCUCUGGGUUCAGUUUCAAAAAUUCGGUCAGUCUUUGUUGAAAAAGUACUGUACAAUAGUAGCGAUACGAUGUAAAAUAUACUUUAACUACUCUAAUUUAUACCAAUUGUAAAUAGACUUAAGAUAAUUUAAGGAUAAUCGUAAAAAAAAAGCAAGAAUGAUAGAGGGAAUUAAAUAAUUGAAAAAAAUA